AUGGAUCCUACUGUGACAUUAAUUAAUAACAAAUCGUCAACACCUUCUUCUCUAACUAAUAAUAAUUCGAUAUCAUCUCUACCACGAGUCUCGACUAAUAAAUCUUUUGAAAGAAUAAAAGUCGGUUAUGAGCCUUUUAAGUUAGAAGGGAAUGACAAAGUUUUCUCACCCAUAAUAAGUAACAAGGACAAUAGUAACACAAAGAAAGCUCAACAAAAGGACAAUAAUAACUCUGAUAGCUUAAUAGAAGAUGACUUCUCACCCAAUUUAGAUUUUUUGUCACAACAAUCGUCUAACCUACCUUCGUCACUCUUUCCUACACAUACCGCUGGUCGCAAAUUAUCAAAGAUCUCAGAAAAUACCCAAUUAUCCACAAUACAGCAAUCAAAAUUGGAAAGCAAACCAUUAAAACCCAUAACGACUUUGAGCAGAAGCUCAUCGUCUGAUGGGUCCGUUUCUUCAAAAGUUUCAGAGAGAGAUUUGUCGGUAUCAGGAGAGGAAAAGGUUGGCCAGGAGGACAGUUGUUUGACAAAACAAACUCGUCGUGUAUAUAGUCAUAAUAGAGACCCUUUAUCUAGAAUAUUGGAAGAGAAAGAUAUCAAAGCGCUAGUCACAGAACAACCUGAGACUAUCUAUAAUAGUGAAGAAGGCGAGCAAAUAACUUCGGAUAUUUCAACAAUAUCAACUAAUCAUUUUCCUAAUGCAACACCUAUUCUCUCUAGUAACCUCAAUUCCUCCGAACACCUUUCAGCCUCAACAGACGUUUCAUCCAUACUGAAUCCGACUUCCCUAUCUAUAUCCGUUCAUUCAGAGAAAUCGAUACUUGGUGAUAUGUAUAGCACCAUAAAGCAAGGUCAAUCUUCUGUAGCUAUUACCUCAUCACCUACACCUAUACCCGAUAAAUAUCCAAAUAUAUCGUCAUUGAAGAAUGUUAAGGAGGGAAGAGCAGGAUUAUUACAUAGGGAAGAUAAAUAUCCGGGUCCAGGUGCCUACUUUUCUCACAAAAGCGGUCCAAUGGGUGAUCUGAGCGGUGGCCUGUCUCCCAACAAAAGGCCAAGAUUUUACACGCAAAACAGUCAAAGCAGAAAUGAACGAUGGCCUUCUCCUUCAAUAGACUCUACACGAGAACGCAUGUCAGGAAGAAAGGUAAUGGAAGGUUGGCCUUCUUCUCCACGACGCAUGCAAUUAGCUAGUCCGCGCUUCAAAUCUUUAACUGACUUGAUGGAAGGACCUGAAGGUUCUGAACAACAGCAGGAAUCAUCAGCAUGUCGAGUGAACCCUUUAUCUUCACCUUCCCAUAAUACGUUUAAACCUUCUAAUGAUUCUGUUCAUCCUACUACACCUGUAAAUUCAAUUUUAAAUUUAAAUCCGAUAUGUGAGGAGGAUUCAGAAGAGGAGGAUAAGGAGGAAAAGAAAGAGGAGGAAGAGGAUGGGGUAGAGAAAAGACAAGAAUCACGAGAAUUAGAGCAGAAAGUAAUUAAGGAGCAGGAGGAAAUAUUAGAUUCAAAAAAUGAUGAAAAGGACAGAUUCCCUAAACCGGGGAAAUUUUUUGGUUCAAAUCGAACAAAAAAUUCUCGUUUCCUAGAUUUGAUGUCAAAUGAAGAAUCAUCACCAAUACCGCCGUCUGUCUUGAGUCCUCAAUCAUUCGGAAGACGUCAACCAAUGUCCCUUGGUAGAUUAACGUUUAAUAAUAAUCCCAAGAAAUUACUUAAUCGUGAGAAUAAUAGUGGAACUAGUUUACCACAAGGAACGCAAACUAUUUCUGAAGAGGACAACGAUGGUGAAGAAGAUGAUGUAAUAGAGGAACAACAAGCAAAAGCCAAAGGACGUGAAAAACGUAUGUCCGGUUCAUUUUCGUCAAGUUUGGAUGGAAUAAAUGAGGAUGAAGAAUUAGACGGAUUAGAGGAACAAAAAGAGCAAAAAGAAAGUCUUCCCCUACCUGAUUUCUCAAAAAAUGGAUCAAAUCGAAAAACGCGGACAUUAGAUAUUGAUUUAUUUUCUUCAAAAGAGAAAUAUGUCGAAGAAUCAAAAUCAGAAAGAAAAUCACCUGGCGCAAGAAUUACCGCUCGCCUUUUCCCCUCAAUACAAUCUAGAAGAACUAUGCCACAAUUGACUGUUAGAACUCCAUUACCCAUGUUAUCAAUUUCAGAAACUGAAGAUGAUGAGGAGGAAGAAGAGGAAACAGAAAUGUCUUCCGAUAAUGCGAGUAGUCGAUACCCCCCUUCAGAACUAUCUGACAUAUUACCGUCACCUGCUACUUCAAUGACACCGUCUGUAUCAUCGACUCCCAUGACACCUGUUUCUGGCAAAUCAACUUCUUGGAGAUGGCCAAAGAGAUCUUUUAGUCCCGCGAGAGAGAAGAAUAAAGAAUUACCAAAUGAUGAUCCGUCAGAUCAUAUAGGUAAAGUAGGCAGUAAUAUAUGGGCAAAAAAGACAUUAGGACAAUUAAGAAAAUAUCAUCAACGUCAAAGCCCUAGUAUAUUGAGUAAAGGUUUUAAUUUACCGAGCCCUUUAAAAGAACCUACUACCCCAUUACAGUCCCCUGUUAGUGACAUUUCAGACUCUAAAAAGUCUCCUGCUGUAUCAAUUCCAGAACAACCUUUAGAGACAAUUAAUGAAGAGGAGGAGGAUGAAGAAAUUGGCAUUUGGUCAAGUGAAGAAGUAGACCUAACAGAUUCGGGUAUAGAUGAAAAGAAACCUUCUACGCCCACGUCCAUAAGCAGUAUCUUGAAUUCUAAUAUUAUCGAAGAGGAACCACAGGGUAUGAAGGUCUCUCCAGAACAUUUGACAGUUGUUGGUGGCAUGUUCGUAAGUAGAGAUAGCCCAAACGCGUCGACGACUUCUCUUACGUUACGAAGCAACCCUAGUAGUUCUUCGUUGGCUAAACAUAAUGCUAAACCUUUAUUCGAGACUACGUUUACCAUCUCAAAUAUUACAGAUAAGCCACUUAGAUACGAAAUCCUAUGGCCGGCAUUUCGGUUCGAUGUUACACCGGCUUAUGGUGUUGUUAAGCCUCAGAGCGUAACGUUGGUUAAGAUAUCGGUAAUGCAUAAACAUCUUUCCGCGGGUUCAAAACGCGAUGAUUCUAAAAAAUUGAUGGGUAUUCUUAAGGGUUCAGAAAAGGAUGAUGAUAAUAGACCAUUGAUGGGCAGAACUAGAUUAUUGGUGCUUUGCGAGAAUAAUGAACGUAAAGAAGUGAUAGUCGACAUUGUACAGGUGAAGAAGAAAGUAAAGGGUGAGGUAGAACAUGUAAGAUCGUCUUCAAAGAAUGCUAAAGAUGAGGAUGGAAAUUUCAUUAGACGAUUUAGUAAAUCAAGUGGUAAGAGUUUCACUAGAACUGUGGAUGAUCUGAUUAAAGCUGCCAGAGCACGAACUAGGAAGCAGACCAAGCCAGAAGAUAGGCCUAGGCCAGCCAAAAAUAAUUCCAAAGGUAAAUCCACGGCUGUUGGCACGGCGAAUAAAGUUCAAAGUGCACCACCUCUUAGGAGAACUUCAAGUAAACCACCUAGUCGUUCAAGCAGUCCAGAGGGUAAUAUUAGAAAUCGUGUUGUCCGAAGGAAAGCAUCAUCAUCAUCAUUACGUAGUCGACCUAAUACGCCCGACCGUAGGAAUAGCACAUCGCCUUCACCCAAUACUCGUUCUCGCACACCUGACGAAUCCAAAUCCAUUAAGCAACUCCCUCAACGCAAAAAUUUGCUUUACGUCGGUGCUCCAGGAAAUAUAAGUUGUUCUCCGACCACUAUUCGAGAAACAAACCAUAGCGUAUUCCGAAUUCAAAAUCCGACGAAUAAACCUGUUACUUGGCAUCUUACAACUGCGACGAAUCCUUUCCUUCGUCGUUCAGAAUCCACAUCCACCUCUGCAACCACAUCUGCGACCGCAUCUGCAUCUACCUCCGCUCAGAAAAUCAACGAUGAAGUAUUCUUGAUUAUGAAAACGAGCGGAUUUCUUCGACCUGGUCAAACCGAAAAGGUGGUAGUAAGUUUUCGUCCUGUGAUCGUAGGGACGUAUCAUCAAAGUUUUAUGUUGGAAGAUUCUAUGAACGCGGACGGCGCUGGUGGAUUAGGCGGUGUCAGUGUUCGUAUACAAGGUGAAGGAAAACUUGACGUGUCAGCUCCUGUAAGGCCUGACAUAAAGCGAAAUAGUGGGUCUAGGAUAAAGGACUUUGAAGUUUCGGAGACAGAGGUUCACAUUCCAGCAACUAGAGUAGGAAAACGAAGAUCAGUGGGAAUCAAAAUACAUAAUCCAUCUAGUCAGUUGAUAAGGAUAAAAUGCAAAGUAGAUCUAGGAAACGAAGCGUCAACCGCAUUAUCAAUCCCUUUGUCUAGUGUUCAAAUUAAACCACGUGCAUUUGUAUUACUUCCAAUACGGUUUCAACCAAAGGAAGAGGGUGAAAUUCGGGGUAUGAUAAAAUUACAGGCUGUCGGUAGAACAGAGGUCAACGUAGAUAUAGUGGCGGAAGGAGUUUCAGAUGCUCCAUUAGAAAUCUCGUGA